GAGUGCGAGACGAGGAGAGCAAGUAGUGUGAGAGAAAGAUCCGGAUUCGUCGAAGAGGAGAGGGAAAACCACGGGGCUUUUGAAAAAGUUUUAUCUUGUCGGUGCGCUCGGCCUCUCAGACGCUACCGAACGCCGGUACGGUGUUGUUGGCCACGGCGUGGUCGCGCGGUCUCCUCGGGGACGAGUAGCAAUUAAAAGGGAGCAAAGAACGAAGAGAGAGAGAGAGAGAGAAAAGGUCCAAGUUGUGUGCCGCGAUUUCCGGUCUUGGUAGGUCCUUCCGGCAUCCCAGCUUCCGUCCGUUUCGUCCACCUACGCGCUCGCGAAAGGACCACCGAGGACCAUCGAGGAAGCUCUCGACGAGCGUCAUUCAUAGGACGAAGAGAGCAGCUGUCCUCGGAGGAAUCAUUUUUUCAUCGCUCCAUUCUCGCCAUGCAUCGUCGCUGAGGUGUCCCGUAGUGUCGAUCGAGAGAAAGAGCAAGAGGACGAACGGUAAAAAAAAGAAAGAGAGGAAGAGAAAGGUCAGUCAGGAAGAGGACGAAGAGGUCGAGAGAAGAAGUGACUCCUUGCCGGUCGACGACGGACGACCAGCGACGAGAUGAAGAACCGUGUGUUGCUAAAGAGUGCGUUGUUCCUGUUGCUGAUCGCGGCGGACGGCCUGGUGGCAGCAUCCGAGGACGAUGACUUGAUUUUCGAUCCGGAAGGUAAACAACCCGCGGUUCAAGCGCCAAUGAUCGAAACGCAUCAGGAUGAAUCUCUUCUUCAUAGGAUAAAGAGAGAAAUCUUCGAUUUCUUUUCCACAUCAACGACACCGGCGCCAGACCAAAAAGAAUAUCAAGAUGAAACGUUUGACAACACGGUCAUCUUAAACAGUCAUCUCGAUGGAAAUGAAGGGAAUCAUACUCUCGAUCAACCUGAAGUGCCAAGUGCCGAAAGUAUUGGUAGCGAAAGAUUAACUCUUGAAAAGGACGAGGACAACGAAGCAGACGACGAACACGAUAAUGAGAUAAGUAACGUCGCGGAAAGUCAACGAAUACCGAUAACAUAUGGGAAUUCUGAUGACGAAGACUUGGCUGGCUCAGGAGAAAUCGAAGGCAGCGCGGGCGAAGAAGAAUUGGAUCAUCAUACAAAUAUAGGAACUCAACCUCGCAAUGUUGACGGAAAAGCACGAUUUUACCGAAUAACAUUGACAGUCAGCGAGCCGUAUAGACGAGAAUAUUCCGACAGAAACAGUCCUGAAUAUCGGGAAUUGAGUGGUAAUCUCACGCAUGCCCUCGAGGACUUGUACAGUCGUUAUAUUCCGGGAUACAAUCAUUUCGCCAGCGUCGUUAAGAUAUCACCAACGUCUGAUGCUUUCACGUCGCAAGUUACCUUAGACAUCGGUUCGACGUUCACAGACGAACUCGAGGUGCGUGCCAUCCUAGAUCAACAGUUGCAGUAUCACUCCUUAGGUGGUAUCCAAGUAGGUCCGGAGGGAUUCACAUUCAGAAUAUUCCAAGCCGGAGAGAAAAACACACAGCCGGAAUGCGAUCAAACAGCCGAAUUAAGAUGUAGAAGCGGUGAAUGUGUAUCGCUAGAAUCACGCUGCGAUGGCAUAUUACAAUGCAAUGAUGGUUCCGACGAGGAUAAUUGUCCGACAGAUUCAUCAAACAGAACAAAUGAUGCAGAUUUCGAGUACACUACUGUGAAGCCACGACUACAUUCAGAUUAUUUCCCGGAUUUACAUCAUGAGGUAAAACCGGAAGUAUCUGAUAUCGAUGACAGCAGUAGGGAGGAUGAGAUAUCUACGCUACGGUCAGCAAACAAGUGUCGCGCUGACGAUACAGUACGCUGUCAAGAUGGCAGUCGUUACAUUUGUUCGGUGCAGCAAUGCGACGGUGUUCCGGAUUGCAAUGACGGUGGUGACGAGGUCGGCUGUCCACAUUCAGGCUGCAGCGUUGGCGAGUUGCGUGUGAUGUAAACAGAUGCAUAUUGGAAUCUCAGCGAUGCAACUUCGUGGAAGAUUGCCAAGACGGUAGCGACGAACA